AGUUUCUUCUUUACGCUUCAGCUGUCCGAUUAUAUAAUUAUUAUUAUUUUCAUCUGGUAAUUGCUUUGAACUUUUUGCCAUACUUUAGAUUCAGUUUACUGUAGGAAGGUGAUGUUCGUUGGAUGUUUGAAUUCGAUGUUUUCUAAAAUUCUAUGCAGAUCUGUUACUUAGACAGGAAUCAGAGUGGUGUCUUAGUUAAUAGGUAUAGGCGAGGGGGGGCUUUAUAUUUGCAUGACGAUAAUUCUUUGGAGUUUCAAAGAGCUUCUAAGGAAUGUCUUGGUGUUGAUUAAUCUCUAAUAUAUUUGGACCUGAAUUAUUGAUUUGAUCUUCUACUCGCACCUGAUGGUAGUUAGUUGUAAAGUAUGAUCAGUCCAUCUGAUUGACUACAACUUCUGAGACCGUCGUGACGUACAGAAAGGAAGUGCAGAGAUAUUCUUCCGCAAAGUAAAGUUCUGGAAAGAAGAUGGCAAAGAGGAAGCACCACCUGUAUUUAAUCUGGAUGGCGUAAACUAUUUCCAUGUGAAGGUUGUUGGCCUGCUCUUUGUUGCAACCACAAGAACCAACUUGUCCCCUUCCUUAGCUUUAGAGCUUCUGCAGAGGAUUGCACGCGCCAUCAAAGAUUACCUUGGAGUUCUGAAUGAAGAGUCUAUGCGAAAAAAUUUUGUUCUUGUCUAUGAGCUGCUUGAUGAAGUGAUAGAUUUUGGGUAUGUUCAAACAACAUCUACUGAGGUAUUGAAGUCUUAUGUAUUCAAUGAACCAAUUGUGGUUGAUGCUGCACGCUUGCCGACUCUGGGCCCUGCAGCCUUAUUUAUGCAAGGAAACAAACGAAUGCCUGGUACAGCUGUUACAAAAUCAGUCGUGGCAAAUGACCCCGGGGGUAGGAAAAGGGAGGAAAUCUUUGUUGAUAUCAUUGAGAAAAUAAGUGUUACUUUUAGCUCCAGUGGAUACGUAUUGACUUCUGAAAUUGAUGGUACUAUUCAAAUGAAGAGUUAUCUAACAGGAAACCCAGAAAUCAGAUUAGCUCUCAAUGAUGACCUACACAUUGGAAGAGGCAGCGUGCCACAUUUUGGCUACAGUGGUUCUUCAGGAUCAGGAGCAGUUAUUUUGGAUGACUGUAAUUUUCACGAAUCUGUACAUAUGGAUAGUUUUGAUAUAGACAGAACACUGAGUCUGGUACCACCCGAUGGGGAGUUCCCUGUAAUGAAUUAUCGCAUUACUCAAGAAUUUAAGCCCCCCUUCACAAUUAACACCUUAAUUGAAGAAGCAGGAUCACUUAAGGCUGAGGUGAUUCUGAAGAUCCGUGCUGAGUUUCCUUCUAGCAUCACUGCUAACACAAUUUUUAUAGAGAUGCCAUUACCAACUUAUACAACGAGAGUCAAUUUUGACCUAGAACGCGGUAUAGUUGGUCAGAAUGCCGAUUUCAAAGAAUCGCAAAAGAAACUCGAAUGGAGUGUUAAGAAGAUUGUAGGGGGAUCAGAACACACUCUACGAGCGAAGUUAAACUUUUCACAGGAAUUGCAUGGAAAUAUCACUAAAGAAGCUGGGCCUGUGAGUUUGACCUUCACAAUACCUAUGUACAACCCUUCAAGACUACAGGUGAAGUACUUGCAGAUAGCAAAGAAGAGCAAAACUGCCAACCCGUAUCGGUGGGUGAGAUAUGUGACUCAGGCUAAUUCUUAUGUUGCUCGCAUUUGAAAAUAGUCAUGCUCCUGUUCAUUUCUUCAUCGCAUGUUUACUACAAUUGAGAUCCAUUUUAUAGAUAAUUUUUCCCUUACGUUCUUCCUUUUUGUCGCAUUGUAUUUAGAAUAUUAGUAACCUACCAGGUGUGGUUACUUAUCGACUUAUUGUGCUACCUAUAAAUCUAUACAAUUUGCCAUUUGUGCUGUUGUACA